UGACAAUAUGAAAAGAAGAUCAUAAGAAGAUUCUAGGUUAGCUGGUUAGAGAUGCAAAUCUGUUUUGUAAUUUCUAUAUAAUUAAUUAUUAGAUCUCGAGUCUUAUUUAAGACAAGGCGGUACCGACAAGGCAAACUAUAUGCCGUUAAAAUUAAAAGGCAUUUCUGCUUAGAAUUGGUAAAAUAACAAUGGCAUAUCAUUACGUUGUAACUGCUCAUAAACCGACCGCAGUGACGGCGUGCGUUACUGGAAAUUUUACAUCAUCAUCGGACCUUAAUUUAAUAGUUGCAAAGAAUAACAGACUAGACAUAUUUUUGGUUACUCCAGAAGGUUUAAGACCAAUAAAAGAAAUUGGACUCUAUGGAAAAGUAGCUGUAAUGAAAUUAUUCCGACCCCAACAUGAGAAGAAAGAUUUAUUGUUUAUAGUAACAUAUAGAUAUAAUGCCAUGAUUCUGGAAUGUGUAGGUGAUGGUGAUAAUCUGGAUAUAAUUACUAAAGCCCAUGGCAAUGUGGCAGAUCGUAUUGGUAAACCAUCUGAAACAGGCAUAUUAGCUGUAAUAGACCCUAAAGCUAGAGUCAUAGGACUACGUCUUUAUGAUGGUCUUUUUAAAAUAAUUCAACUGGAAAAAGACAAUUAUGAAUUAAAGGCCACUAAUUUUAGAAUGGACGAAUUGCAAGUUCAUGAUGUAGAAUUUUUGCAUGGUUGUGCAAAUCCAACAUUGAUCCUAAUACAUCAAGAUGUAAAUGGACGUCAUGUAAAAACACAUGAAAUAUCUCUUAGGGAAAAGGAAUUUGUGAAAACUCCUUGGAGGCAAGAUAAUGUGGAAACUGAAGCUUCAAUAAUCAUACCAGUACCAUCACCACUUAGUGGAGCUAUUAUUAUAGGUCAGGAAAGCAUUUUAUAUCAUGAUGGUAUUACUUCAGUUGUGGUUGCCCCACCUGUAAUUAAGCAAAGUACUAUAACAUGCUUUGCAAGAGUUGAUCCUAGUGGUUUAAGGUAUCUCUUGGGUGACAUGGCAGGACAUCUGUUUAUGCUCUUUUUAGAAACAGAAAGUAGGGGUGAUGCCCAAGAAAUUGUAAAAGAUCUUAAAGUUGAAAUGCUGGGCGAAAUUGCCAUUCCAGAAUGCAUAACUUAUUUAGAUAAUGGAGUUCUUUUUAUUGGAUCAAGGCUAGGCGACUCCCAAUUGGUUAAGUUGAAUACUAAAGGAGAUGAAAAUGGAUCUUAUGUGACUGUAAUGGAAACCUUUACCAAUUUGUCACCAAUUUUAGAUAUGUGUGUGGUAGACUUGGAACGCCAAAACCAAGGUCAACUGGUAACAUGUUCUGGUGCAUUUAAAGAAGGGUCUUUAAGGAUAAUCAGGAAUGGAAUUGGUAUUCAGGAGCAUGCUUCCAUUGAUUUGUUGGGCAUUAAAGGAAUGUGGGCUUUGAAAGCUAACGGAGGAAAAUUGGAUGACACAUUAGUACUAGCCUUUGUUGGACAAACACGUAUUUUAAGUUUGAAUGGAGAAGAAGUAGAAGAAACUGAUAUUCCUGGUUUUACUUCGGAACAUCAAACUUUUUUCUGUGGAAAUGUUGCACAUGAUCAGCUAAUUCAAAUUACACCUAUCUCAGUUCGUUUAGUAUCUAUACAAAGUAAAACAUUAGUUUCUGAAUGGAAGCCUCCCACUGAAAAAAAUAUUAUUGUUGUUGCCUGCAAUUCAACACAGUUAAUUGUAUCAACAGGAAAUCAGUUAUACUAUCUCGAAAUUUAUCCAAACGAGUUAAUUUUGAAAGGGGAAACAGUUUUGGAUGUUGAAGUGUCGUGUCUUGAUAUCAGUCCUUUGGGUGACAAUGCUACAUCAUCUGAUAUAGUAGCAGUAGGAUUGUGGACUGACAUCUCAGCUAGAAUAUUAAAAUUGCCUAGUCUAACUGAGUCUCAUAAGGAAUUACUUGGUGGAGAUAUUAUGCCCAGAUCAAUUUUAAUGGCAACAUUUGAAGGACACGAUUAUCUUCUUUGUGCUCUGGGAGAUGGAUCUAUGUAUUACUUUUCUCUUCAAAAGGAAUUGGGAACUUUGAGAGAUAAGAAAAAGGUGACCUUGGGAACUCAACCAACUAUUUUAAGAACUUUCAGAUCUCUUAAUUCGACAAAUGUGUUUGCCUGCUCUGACAGGCCUACAGUAAUAUAUUCUUCGAAUCACAAGCUGGUGUUUUCUAACGUGAACCUAAAGGAAGUAAAUCAGAUGUGUUCACUUAAUGCUGAAGCAUAUCCUGAUAGUUUGGCAUUAGCAACUGCAACCUCGGUAACUAUUGGUACAAUAGAUGAAAUCCAAAAACUUCAUAUACGGACAAUACCACUUCAAGAAUCGCCAAGAAGAAUUGCAUACCAAGAGAGCAGUCAGGUAUUUGGUGUUCUGACUUGCAGAAUUGACAUUCAAGAUUCUACCGGAUUAAAUCCUGUAAGACAGAGUGCUUCAACUAUGACACAAGCUGUCACAGUUUCUAGCAGUGUUGCCACUUUAGCCAUGAGCAAAUGUAGUGGUAGCAGUUCAGUAACUACAACUACUACAGGUGGUUUGGCGCCAGAAUAUGGCCAAGAAGUGGAAAUUCACAAUUUGCUUGUUAUCGAUCAAAAUACAUUUGAAGUCUUGGCAGCCCAUCAAUUUAUGCAACAAGAAUAUGCAAUGUCUUUGAUUUCUUGUCAUUUAGGAAAUGACCCUAACACUUAUUUUAUUGUCGGUACUGCAACAGUUAACCCUGAAGAAUCAGAACCAAAGCAAGGGAGAAUUGUAAUCUUCCAGUGGAACGAUAAUAAACUGACUCAAAUCUCUGAAAAAGAGAUUAAAGGGGCUUGUUAUUCAUUAGGUGAAUUUAAUGGUAAAUUAUUGGCCAAUAUUAAUAGUACAGUUAGACUAUUUGAAUGGACGGCUGAAAAGGAGUUAAGAUUGGAAUGUUCCCACUUCAACAAUAUUGUAUCCCUCUAUUUAAAAACAAAGGGAGAUUUCAUCUUGGUUGGAGAUUUAAUGCGUAGCAUGACUUUACUUCAAUACAAGACAAUGGAGGGUAGUUUUGAAGAAAUAGCUCGUGACUAUAAUCCAAAUUGGAUGACCGCUAUCGAGUUUUUGGACGAUGACAUUUUCCUGGGAGCAGAGAAUUGUUACAAUAUGUUUGUAUGUCAAAAAGAUAGUGCUGCCACCACAGAUGAAGAAAGGUCUCAGAUGAAUCAGGUUGGCCAUUUCCACGUUGGCGAUAUGAUAAAUGUGUUUAGGCAUGGAUCUCUCGUAAUGCAAAAUGUCGGAGAAAUUUCAACACCUACAAGAGGUUGUGUGUUGUUUGGAACUGUUGGGGGAGCCAUAGGUUUAGUAACACAGAUUGGUGCAAAUUUUUAUGAGUCUUUAAGAGAUUUGCAAAACAAACUUGCAUUUACCAUUAAAUCUGUGGGUAGAAUAGAACAUUCUUUUUGGAGAGCUUUUCAUACUGAUAUUAAGACUGAAAAUAGUGAAGGGUUUAUUGAUGGUGAUUUAAUUGAAAGCUUUUUGGAUCUUUCACCAGAAAAAAUGAAGGAAGUUGCAGAUAGUUUGGGAGUUACUGUUGAAGAUUUGAUUAAGACCGUAGAAGAUUUAACGAGAAUUCAUUAGUUUGAAAAAUUUGCUUUACAGUUGUAGUUUACUAUUGUUCAGUGAGUUAUUAACUAUUUUGGAUAAUUGUAAUGUUAUGUAUAAUAUUUAAGUUUUUUCUUGUAAAUAUUUCCAGUAUUAAAAGUUGUAUUUCUUAGUAA